GUGGUUUAUUGGCGUAUCCCCGUCUCCACGCGCAUCUGCCCAUAGAACCAAGCCUCACCAUUUACGCAAAUAGCGUUACAAAUGUUCGUAGUGAAUAAAACAGCGAGCCCGAAACCGAUUGUGAAGGAAUAAAAAAUAAUACAAGAAUCGUCGGGUCUGACUGGAACUGCCCUUUCCAGAGGAACGAAGUGCACAAGACCCGAUAGCCAACUGGAAUAACCGGAUUUGACGGUCGCCGUGUGCGGAGUUGGGGCGAGUUUGCAGGGCCGUGGAAAUCGUUAAUGUAAAAAUUGGGCAACUGACAGAUUUUUCCGUUUGAAUCGUCGGUAGGGUAGAAGAGCGAGGGAGCCGGCAUGGCGGACGGAUCGUUGAGUCUCCAUCGGAAUAUGAAGAGGAUCUGUAUGGUACUGGAUCUAUAGGAAUAAACAGCAAUCAUUCCCCAUUAACGCAUUAUCUGAUAGUUUCACUUGUGUAAUUCUGUGCUCAACUGUGACCAAAUGAAGGAAAUCAAACCAGCAGUGGGUUAAUUUGGGGGCCACAGGGCCAGAUUCAUGACUAUUUAGUCGAAGACGCGUCUCCAAGGCCUAUUGUCAACUGAAGGAAAACGAGGAACCAAAGGAAGAAAGGAUGCUUUGAACGACUUUUGGGGGACGAGAAAGGGUAGAUUGAUAGGUCAAAAUAUCAACUGUGAAGGCUCGUGGAGAGGAGUUGAUAGAAAAAAAUAUUGUAAAUAAUCUAACAUUCAGAUUAAGGAACUGUCAUUCUUUGAAUGCAAAGGUUUAGAAAGAAAUCUACCAAGCCAGUCACGUAGCAUACAGUAUUUGAUUCGAGGAUUGGAUCAUGUCGGGGCGGCCCAGAACCACCUCCUUCGCGGAGAGCUGCAAACCAUUGCCGCAGCCCUCGGCUUUUGGCUCUAUGAAAGUCAGCAGGGACAAGGAUGGCAGUAAGGUGACAACGGUGAUGGCCACCCCAGGCCAAGGGCCCGACAGGCCCCAAGAGGUCAGCUAUACAGACACCAAGGUGAUUGGGAAUGGCUCCUUCGGAGUGGUCUACCAGGCCAAGCUGUGUGACUCUGGAGAGCUGCUGGCCAUCAAGAAGGUUCUGCAGGACAAAAGGUUUAAGAACCGCGAGCUGCAGAUCAUGAGGAAACUGGAACACUGCAACAUCGUUCGCCUGCGCUACUUCUUCUACUCCAGCGGAGACAAGAAGGAUGAGGUGUAUCUUAACCUGGUUCUGGACUAUGUUCCUGAGACAGUCUACAGAGUUGCCAGACACUACAGCCGAGCCAAACAGACUCUGCCCAUAGUCUAUGUCAAGUUAUAUAUGUACCAGUUGUUCAGGAGUCUGGCCUACAUCCACUCGUUUGGGAUCUGCCAUCGGGACAUCAAACCCCAGAACCUGCUGCUGGACCCCGAGACGGCUGUGCUCAAACUCUGUGACUUCGGCAGUGCUAAGCAGCUGGUACGUGGAGAGCCCAACGUGUCCUAUAUCUGCUCUCGCUACUACAGAGCCCCCGAGCUCAUCUUUGGUGCCACUGACUACACCUCCAGCAUAGAUGUGUGGUCAGCUGGAUGUGUGCUAGCAGAGCUGUUGCUAGGGCAACCAAUCUUCCCUGGCGACAGUGGAGUGGAUCAGCUGGUGGAGAUCAUCAAGGUUCUGGGGACCCCUACACGGGAGCAGAUCCGAGAGAUGAACCCCAACUACACAGAGUUCAAAUUCCCCCAGAUUAAGGCACACCCAUGGACUAAGGUGAGUCAACAGGUGUUCCGGCCGCGCACGCCCCCGGAGGCCAUUGCCCUGUGCUCUCGGCUGCUGGAGUACACGCCCACCUCGCGCCUCACCCCCCUGGAGGCGUGUGCACACUCCUUCUUCGAUGAGCUGAGGGACCCCAAUGUCAAGCUGCCCAACGGGCGAGAAAAACCCUCUCUCUUCAACUUCACCACCCAGGAGCUGUCCAGUAAUCCCUCGCUGGCCAGCAUCCUAAUCCCCACCCACGCCCGCUCUCAGGUCACCACCUCCACCCCAACCAACGCCACCGUCACCACAGAUGGUAACAGCACAGAUCGUGGCCCCAGCACCACUACCGCCUCAGCCUCUGCCUCCAACUCCACCUCCUGAACCCUCCCUCUCUGACCCCCCCCACAUCGCCCCAUUCAGGGGUGCACCUGGGUGCCAGCUGUAAGAAUGAUGACAUGGCAGGGUUUAAAACAGAUGACAACAACAACGCCCUCCACGUCACCCAUCUAAGUGUUUGAUUUCUGCAACCUACUCCACUGAGGACAUCUUUAUGGCCUGUUAGAGGGAGGGAGUGGUGGGGGCAGGGGAGGAUGAUGAAAUAUAAGAGUAUUCAUAUAUAAAUGUACCAUAUAUACACAAUACUAGCCUGCUAAUGUUUCCAAGAAGACAAUCUAUGUAUCAAAGUAAUUAUCUGUCCCCUCACCCUCCUCUUCCUUGUCCACAAUGAAGCCCCCCCCCCACAUUAACGAUCAGUCCCUCCCUCUCGCCCUCUCUCUACACCACACCCCUUCAUAUCCUCACUUCCCCUCUGACACCCCCUGGUUUGGAUGGCCACCCAGGCUCCUCCUCCUGUAGUGCAUGGCCUGAGUGUAGUUAGGAGUACCCAGAGUGACCUUUCACCCCUGCAUUGACGUCCACACUUCAGCUAAUUAGGCAUGAGGCACACAUAUACACACACACACACACACACACACACACACACACACACACACACACACAUACAUUCUUACCAACACACGCCGAUGCAUGAAGGUCCUGCUAUAUGUGGACAGUCCAAUCAGAAGGGAGGUUUUGAUGUUGUCAGAGGUUUGCUCGGGGUUGUUUUUAAACGGUUAGCGAACAGUUUUAUUCUGUUUUUAUUUGAUAUUCCCUUGGCUUAGGGUGGGUGGGAUCAUUUAGAUUGACAUGUCAGAUGUCUAUGGUUCUGUGUGCUUGUAUUACAUUUACACUGAAUGUGCAAAUCAUUAGGAACACCCUUGUUCUACAGGGAUGCUGGCCCAUGAUGACUCCAAUGCUUCCCACAGUUGUGUCAAGUUGGCUGGAUGUCAUUUGGGUGGUAGACCAUAAAUGAUACACACGGGAAACUGUUGCAUGUGAAAAACCC